AUGGCCACGAACGAGCCUCCACGAGUCCCUAUCCCUAAAAAUGGCGCCGACUACCGUGGCAAAGUUGUUCUUGCGCCCAUGGUGCGCUCCGGUGAAUUGCCGUCUCGCCUUCUUGCGCUCAAGUACGGCGCAGACCUAGUAUGGGGACCAGAAACCAUUGAUCGCGCCAUCAUUGGGACGACGAGACGGCUGAACCCACACACGUCGACGCUGGAGUGGUCGCGCCUGCCAACGUCGAAAUUGAAGAACCCCACCCUCGACCCAGAACUGCGCGAGAGCGUCAUAUAUCGGAUACAUCCAGAACUGGAAAAGGGAAAACUGAUUUACCAAAUGGGCACGGCAAACCCUGAGCUGGCUGUUCAGGCUGCCAAGAUGGUAGCAGCCGAUGUAGCUGGCAUCGACGUCAACUCUGGCUGUCCCAAGCCAUUCUCCACCGCCGGUGGCAUGGGCGCCGCCCUCCUCAAAACGCCCGACCUUCUCUGCAGCAUUCUUACCCGGCUCGUCGAAGAAGUAGGUAAACCCUUCGAAAUCGGCAUCAGCGUCAAGAUCCGCAUCCUCGAACUGCCAGAGGAAACGGAAGCCCUCGUCAAACGCCUAGUUCGAACAGGCAUUACAGGCCUCACGGUUCACUGCCGCACAACCCCCAUGAGGCCCAGGGAACGCGCCAUUCGCGAUCAACUCAAAAUGGUGGGCGAAAUCUGUCGCGAGGCGGGUGUUGCAUGCGUCAUGAACGGCGACGUGACCUCGCGCACCGAAGCCCUUCAACUCAUGCAAGAAUUCCAUGUCGACGGCGCCAUGAUUGCCACGGAAGCCGAAAAGAAUCCCAGUUGUUUCCGCGCCGAUGCCGAAGGCGGGCCGCACGAGUGGCGUUCGCAGUGGAAGACGGUGGUCACAGAAUAUAUGCGCUUUGCGCUCAUGGUAGAGAACCGAUGGGGCAACACAAAAUACCUGCUUGGACAAAUGAUUCCGGGCAAGGAGAAGGCGUACGCGGCCAUGAAUAAGUCCAAGUGCUAUACCGAUGUUAUUCAGGCGCUGGGCCUGGAGAACGUGGAUGGCUUGAUGGAGCAUGCGAAGCAGGUGGACGCGCAUUUGGGUAUUCCCAAUCAGGAAAGUCGCGCAUCGAAACGGGCGAGGGUUAAAGAGGCGAAUGCCACAGGAGAGGAGAAGAUUAGGAAGAAGGAAGAUGUCCCCCCAUCAACUGAUAAGCGGAAACAUGCCGAUGACGAGCCAAACGCAAAGCGCAUCAAGCUUCCUGCCAUGGAGACUGAGUCGCAGCAUACAACUCUCGCCCAAGACAUUCUAUCUUCUUUGCAGGACAGCACGGCGCCUGCGACACUCAGUGUGUGA